AUGGCUAUGAGAGAUGUGCAAAACCAAAUUAGUCAAUUGGCUAGUGACAUGAAUCAACUCAAGGCACAAGGAUCUGGAAAACUUCCUUCACAACUGUUGAACCAUAAGGAGAAUGUCAAUGCUAUUGAGUUAAGAAGUGGGAAGCAAGUUAAGCAACCGGCAACAUCACCGGAUGCUAAUGGACCUGUUUUAGAGCAACAAGAGGAUGAAACAGCCCCUAACAAGGCUGAUUUGGUACCAAAUUCUAACUCUAAACCUCUUGUUUCUACUAAUGUCACUUCUCCUCCUUUUCCUAGUAGGUUUGCAAAGUCCAAGAAGGAGACACUAUACAAAGAGAUUUAUGAGAUCUUCAAGAACAUUCAAGUGAACACACCACUUGUUGAAGCGAUAAGGCAAGUUCCUCGCUACGCAAAGUUUUUGAAGGAAUUGUGCACUAACAAGCACAAAUUGGUCGGUAAUGAAGUUAUGUAUGUGAGUGAGAAUGCUUCCGCGUAUCUUCAAAAGAAACUUCCACCAAAGUUAAAGGAUCCCGGUAGUUUCACUACACCAUGUACAAUUGGUAAAACCAGGUUUGAUCGUGCUUUGCUAGACUUAGGUGCAACUAUUAAUGUUAUGCCUGCCUCAAUAUAUGAAUCGUUAGACCUAGGUCCUCUUAAAGAUACCUGUAUUAUUAUUCAACUUGCUGAUAGGUCCACUACUUACCCGAAAGGGGUUGUGGAAGAUGUUUUGGUGCAGGUUAACGAGCUGAUUUUUCCUGCAGAUUUUUAUGUUCUAGAUAUGAGGGAUGAAGAUUCACCCUCGUCUACGCCUUUGCUGUUGGGUAGACCUUUCAUGAGAACUGCUAGAACUAAAAUUGAUGUUUUUAAAGGCACCAUAACUAUGAAAUUUGACGGUGAACCCAUAAGUUUCAACAUCUUUGAGGCUAUGAGAUACCCGAGUGACGUACAUUCCUGUUUUUCAGUGGAUAUGAUUGAUUCUUUAGCUCAACAAACGUUUGAGUUAGAUGGUGAUGAUGCAUUAGAGAAAGCCUUGAUGAAAAGUUUAGAUCGUGGAAAGCAUAAUGACAUGAAAAUUGACAUAGAAAUGUGUGAUGAGCUUAAAGAAGUCAUUUGCUCUCUUGCCGCAUUACAAAAACUCUCACCUAGAAAUGACGUUUCUUAUAUUUCCUUACCUUGUACUAAUGAGAAACUCUUGCCAUCGAUUUUGCAGGCACCUGUCCUUGAAUUGAAACCUCUUCCGGAUCACCUCAAGUAUGUUUAUUUAGGUGAUAAAGAAGAGUUACCGGUGAUUAUUGCUAAAAACCCUACCAAGGUGCAAGAAGAGAAUCGUGUUCGUGUGCUAAGAGAAUACAUGUCUGCCAUAGGGUGGACCAUUGCAGAUAUCAAAGGAAUCAGCCCUUCCAUGUGUAUGCACAAAAUACUUCUUGAGGAGGGGGCUAAGCCAACUAGGGAAGCUAAACGUCGCUUGAACCCUCCGAUGAUGGAAGUGGUUAAGAAAGAAAUCCUGAAGCUGUUGGAUGUAGGGGUUAUCUAUCCCAUAUCCGAUAGCAAAUGGGUAAGCCCUGUCCAAGUCGUUCCAAAGACAUCUGGUGUCACAGUGGUGAAAAAUGAAGAUAAUGACCUAGUUCCAACGAGAAUUCAGACCGGGUAUAAUCAGAUUGUAAUAGUUCCGGAAGAUCAGGAAAAGACGACAUUUACUUGUCCAUUUGGCACAUUUGCGUAUAGACGUAUGCCAUUCGGUUUGUGUAAUGCUCCUGGGACUUUCCAACGUUGUAUGAUGCGUAGAAACCAAUCUGGUGCUAAAUUGGGAAAAGUGUCACUUUAUGGUGAAUCAUGGUUCAUCAAGGAUUUCUCCAAGAUUGCAAUGCCCUUGUGCCGACUGUUGCAAAAAGAUGUGACCUUUGAUCGUGAUAUGGAGUGCAAAAAGGCUUUUGAUACCUUGAAAGAGUUGUUAACUACUGCACCCAUCAUCAAACCGCCGGAUUGGAGCAAGCCUUUUGAGUUGAUGUGCGAUGCUAGUGACUACGCUGUUGGAGCCGUGUUGGGACAUCGAGAUGGUAAAGUUCCAUAUGCCAUUUAUUACGCUUCUAGAACUCUUAAUGGCGCACAAAUCAACUACUCAACCACCGAAAAGGAGCUCUUGGCCAUAGUGCUCGCGCUUGAAAAAUUCAGAUCUUACUUGGUGUGUACGCAAGUGAUUGUCUUCUCCGACCAUGCUGCGCUUCGGUACUUGCUAACAAAGAAAGAUGCUAAGCCAAGGCUCAUUAGGUGGAUUCUUCUUCUUCAAGAGUUCCAUCUCCAAAUUAAGGACAAGAAGGGCAGUGGGAAUACCGUGGCGGAUCACUUGAGUAGAUUGAUUGCAUCCGAAGAAGCACUUCCUUUGCAUGAUAGUUUUCCGGAUGAACAACUCUUUACAGUGGAUAGCACAACUCCAUGGUACGCUGAUAUUGUGAACUACUUGGUGACGGGACAAGUACCAAGUACCAUGUCUACUUUUCAAAAGUUGAAACUCAAGAAAGUGUCCAAGCAAUAUACAUGA